AUGUCACCCUCAGCCCAAGCUCACAAGCGAUCCCACAGCCUGUUGCUGCUACAGAAACUACUCAACCUCAGAGACAAUGCCAGUCCUCUGACGCUGGUGCUUGACACUUUGGAGCAGGGCGCAACUCCAGUGUUGCAAGAGUUCAUAACGCGAGCGAAGAUAGCUCACACCAAAGUCAUAUUCAUAUCCUUUGCCACAAUCAAAAGGCCUGCCAACGCAGAUGUCCUCGUCAGGGCCACCGGCAAGCAACUUCAAAAGCUGCGCGCCGAGAUCACCUCUCACUAUACCACCCUCCCGCCUCCUACGGCGAGAAACGCCUCAUCAACUUCAUCGUCACAGAAAACACUCCUCAUAAUAGACACCCUCAACCCGCUGUCGACGACCCAUCCAAGGCACCUCACCGCCUUCCUGUCAAGCCUGCUCACCCACCCCUCCAUCUCCCUCGUGGCCACCUACCACGCAGACGUCCCCCUGGCCCUCGCCCCAACCGCCCUGAGCGAGCCGUGGGAGCGCCGCCGCGCAAGGGACAGGAGCCUGCCCGAGCCGGCGUGGGGGCUCGCCGAGGGCCGAGAGGGCGUGCUGGUCGGCGUCAAGGGGCCCACCGCGGGCGGCGGCGUCGUGGUCGAGAUGGAGCUGCGGAGGCGGAGCGGCCGCGCCGUCGUCGAGAGGUUCGUGCUCGCGCCCCAGGGCGCCGCGGCGGGUGCCUUGUCGCUGCUGGAGGAGGAGGACUUGGCCGAGACUACGUUUAACCUGGGCCUUACCGAGAAGCAGCGGAAGGACAGGGACGGCAUUGUCCUACCUUACUUUGACGCGCAGAAAGAUAUCGGCGGUGGAGAAGGUGGAAGGAUCUUGUACGAGAUGGGGCGGGAGGAUGAUUUCGACGACGAGGAAGACGAGAUCUAG